AGCGGCAGGAAGAGACAGGGGUGCGGGGCCAGGCUGAGUAGCCGGUAGGAGCAAAGAAACAUGGGGAAUGCACUAUGCUGUAGUCAGGAGCGCAGAGGCCUCGAGGAGCUAGAGAACAUUCAGAACAACCAGAAUGGCAUGAACAAAUCGACGGGGAGCGACAGAGACGAGCUCUCCAUCAGCAGAUCACGCGCUAUGUCCAUGAAGGCCCAGGUCGAAAGGCAGAAGUGGAUUCGUAAGGCAAGCGGGUAUCGAUGGGAGGAGACUGUAGACGAGAGAGACACCUUGCACCAGAACCCAGGACAACAUGCAGACUCAAGGAGGGGCUUUCACAUUGUACAACCAGUAAGUGCAGAGAGGUUAGACAGGGGCGCAGGGGGCAACGGUGAAGUUGUGAUAAAACACGCGCGCCAAAACCAGCAUGACAGGCGAAUUUUCCAGCAGAACUACAAUCCGGGAAGAAACAUCACACGCAACCUACCGAGUGAUCAAGAACAAAACAUAUUACGAUCGUCCGACUUACAGCAUGGACAAAUUUCAGGGGGAAAUGGAAUGACGAAGACUGUGCAGCACACUGCAUAUGACCUUCGAUGCAAUCAGAUUCAUGAUGUCUCAUACGAACUUUACAAUGGGUCGGACCCCUUGAACUCUUCAAUUGCAAGUAAUGCUGCAGACAAAUACCCGUUCAAGCCGUCCUCCUACACCUAUCUGGAUUUCUCCAAAGAGGAUAACAUGGACCAGAAGCUCUCCUUUGAUGAUUCGAAGCUUCAGAGCUUGCCAAUCAGCUUCUGAGCCGCGCUGCAAUUAUUGUGGAGCCACAAACAUGUCGAUGUUCUGUUUCACUUGCUGUCAAACUUGCCUUUCUCUGGACGUUGUGACGUAAAUGUUCGCGAAAGCAUG